AUGCCCUUUGAAAAGGGUAUGCAAUGGCUUUGCUGCUUUGCACUUGAUCCCGGAUUACUCACUUCCGAUGAAGAUGAGCAAAGCGAAGAUUGUGAAGCGGAGGCAGAGGGCUUCUACCAGAAACCACAAGCAUCGAAAAGAGCGUCGACAAACCUGCCCCUCAUUAAUCCCUCAUUCAAGCUCAUUUCGGAGAACCAGUCAUCAUCAAAUGCCGUUGAAACAAUCCAGAAGCCCCAUCACAGGCGAAAGUUUUAUGCAGCCAAGGUGAAGAAAGCCAAUGGGGCUCAAGGGAAUUCAAAGUUGCCGUUGACUUGUGUUAAGCCAGGCAACUUUGCGUCCACACCAUCAAAUUCGUCUGCCGAUUACUAUCCAUCGAGCCCUUUCCUACCCUCAACCACGACACAAGAGGCACUCCAGCCGAGAUAUACCACUCGAGAAAUCACUUCCUUCGUUUUGAAGCGAUUUCCAGAGCUAUGCCGCAACCGCAUUAAAGAGUCGAUCAUUGAGUUCCGUUGGGAAUUUCUUGAUUAUUCUUUGGAUAAGACGGAGUAUAUUGAGUGGUAUUGUGGGUGGUGGGCAAUGUAG